CCGCUCUGCCCCGCCCCGCUGCCAGUGCCGUGUGGAAGCCCGGGCUCUCCCGGAAGUGGCCCGGUCCUCGCUGUCGGGAUCCCCCCAACCCCGCUGCUGCUGACGGCCGCGGGGCGGCGGCAAUGGCGGAGGCGGUGGCGGAGUGGGACGCUCGAGAGAAGCUGGCUCUCUGGGAUUGGAGACCAGACACGACGGCGCCGCUGACCGACAGGCAGACGGACUCGGUGCUGGAGCUGAAGGCGGCGACGGAGAAUCUUCCCGUGCCUUCCGAGCUCCCAAUUGAAGACUUGUGCAGUUUAACAUCCCAGUCGCUGCCCAUUGCACAGACUUCAGUAGUACCUGAAUCUACAGAAGACAUUCUCUUGAAGGGUUUCACUUCUUUAGAAAUGAAGGAAGAAAGAAUUGAAACUGCACAGCAGUUUUUCUCAUUGUUUGCAAAAUUACAAACUCAGAUGAAUCAGGAUGAAGAAACUAAAUACAGGCAGAUGAGGGAUUACUUGUCUGGGUUUCAGGAGCAGUGUGAUGCUAUAUUGAAUGAUGUAAACAGUGCUCUUCAGCAUCUGGAAUCACUGCAGAAACAGUAUCUUUUUGUGUCCAAUAAGACAGGAACCCUACAUGAAGCCUGUGAACAGCUCCUAAAAGAACAGUCGGAACUUGUUGAUCUGGCUGAAAACAUUCAACAGAAGCUUUCCUAUUUUAAUGAAUUGGAAACUAUUAACACAAAAUUGAAUUCUCCUACACUGUCUGUCAAUAGUGAAGGAUUUAUACCUAUGCUGUCCAAGUUAGAUGAUUGUAUAACAUAUAUCUCAUCUCAUCCGAAUUUUAAAGAUUAUUCUGUAUAUUUACUAAAAUUUAAGCAAUGUCUUUCUAAAGCUUUGCACCUAAUGAAGACAUACACUGUGAACACACUACAGAAUCUGACAAGUCAGUUAUUAAAAAGGGAUCCCUCAUUGGUACCUAAUGCAGACAAUGCCUUCACACUAUUUUAUGUGAAAUUUCGAGCUGCUGCUCCCAAAGUCAGAACUCUUAUUGAACAAAUAGAGCAACGAUCUGAAAAAAUACCUGAAUACCAACAACUGUUAAAUGACAUCCACCAGUGUUACCUUGAUCAGCGGGAGCUCCUUUUGGGCCCUAGUAUUACUUGUACUGUAACAGAGUUAACCAGCCAGAAUAAUAGAGAUCAUUGUGCCUUGAUUCGCAGUGGCUGUGCCUUUAUGGUCCAUGUAUGUCAGGACGAGCACCAGCUUUACAAUGAAUUUUUCACAAAACCAACGUCAAAAUUAGAUGAACUUUUGGAGAAACUGUGUGUUUCAUUGUAUGAUGUCUUCAGACCAUUGAUCAUUCAUGUUAUUCAUUUAGAGACUCUAUCGGAACUUUGUGGGAUUCUUAAAAAUGAGGUGCUUGAAGAUCAUGUGCAGAACAAUGCUGAACAACUGGGAGCAUUUGCAGCUGGAGUAAAACAAAUGUUGGAAGAUGUACAAGAGCGACUUGUCUACCGAACCCACAUCUACAUUCAGACAGACAUCAUGGGCUACAAACCAGCUCCUGGAGAUCUGGCGUAUCCUGAUAAAUUAGUAAUGAUGGAGCAAAUUGCACAGAGUUUAAAAGAUGAACAGAAGAAGGUGCCUUUAGAAGCUUCAUUUUCAGAUGUCCAGUUAGAAGAAGUAGAGUCUAAUAAUCUAAUAAAAUCUGGUUCAACAGACUCUCUUAAUCCUAGACCACAAACCACAAUUUCUCCAGCAGAUCUUCAUGGAAUGUGGUAUCCUACAGUCCGAAGAACCCUUGUCUGUCUUUCCAAGUUGUACAGAUGCAUAGAUAGGGCAGUGUUCCAAGGAUUAUCACAGGAAGCCUUGUCUGCCUGCAUUCAGUCGUUACUUGGAGCAUCUGAGUCUAUCAGCAAAAACAAGACUCAGAUUGAUGGACAACUUUUCUUAAUUAAGCACCUUUUGAUUCUUCGUGAACAAAUUGCUCCAUUUCACACUGAAUUCACCAUUAAGGAAAUUUCCCUGGACCUAAAGAAAACUAGAGAUGCAGCAUUUAAAAUCCUGAAUCCUAUGACCGUUCCAAGAUUUUUUAGGCUGAAUAGCAACAAUGCCUUGAUAGAGUUCUUGUUGGAGGGUACUCCUGAGAUAAGAGAACAUUAUCUUGACUCUAAAAAAGAUGUAGACCGUCAUCUGAAAUCAGCCUGUGAGCAGUUUAUUCAGCAGCAGACCAAGCUGUUCGUAGAGCAGCUGGAGGAGUUCAUGACAAAGGUCUCAGCAUUAAAAACAAUGGCCAGUCAGGGAGGACCCAAGUAUACUCUUUCACAGCAGCCUUGGGCACAACCAGCAAAGGUCACUGACCUUGUGACAAGUGCCUACAAGACAAUAAAAGCUAAGCUACCUGGGACAUUGAGAAGUAUGUCAUUGUACCUAUCCAAUAAAGAUACAGAGUUCAUCUUGUUUAAACCUGUUAGGAAUAAUAUUCAGCAAGCUUUCCAGAAGUUCCAUGUUUUGUUAAAGGAAGAAUUCAGCCCUGAAGAUAUCCAGAUCAUUGCUUGUCCUUCUAUGGAACAGCUGAACCUCCUACUCUCAGUUUCUCAAUAACCAGGCCAGUCUAGUUGUGCCCAGUAGGAGUGGACUGAGGAGUCUUGCAGUCUGCAGGACACAGGAAUUGCAUGUGGGAAUGUCCAUGAGAACCACAAAAGAGUGCUGCUCAGUGCUGACUGCAGAAUGAAAUACAAGCAAGUGUUAAAAGAUUGGUGUUUCCCUUUUAAAAACAUCAAAAUGCCAAAGAUUAAUGUGUGAGUGAUGAUAACUGCCUCAUUUAAAUGGUCACAAGAAAUCUAAGUUUUUUAGAGGAAGCUGUGGCAAGCAGCGGUGAAAUGGUUCCUAGCAAAAGAUGUGCAAUGAAAACUGGUUACAGUAGGUAGUGGCAAAGAAAAACUUUGCAGAAACACAGCUAAUUAGAAAGUUUCUACAAGCAAGGUUUGUUAAAGCAUGAAACACUGCGACACUUUUAACCACUGAGCAUUCCACAGUGACUAUUUUUUUACUUCCAGAAAUGUUAUUUCUACACUCUAUUUAAUACAGUGUUUCUCCUAUCACUUUGAAGUUUAGUUUGGAGUAGAUUAGAUGCUUCUGAGAACACAUUCUGCUUCCCUGGGAAUUCAGGAUGUUAUCUUCCUGUGUGUUUGAUGUGAGGUCGUUUCAAGAUGCAAGGACCUCGUGUAAGGUCCCAGUAUCUGCUGCAGUCCUUGAAUUGCUUAGGUGCAGAAUGUUCAAAAGCAGGGAGCUGAAGCCUCAUCGUAAUAGGUGCGUGCAGUAUCUUUAAUGAGAGUCUUGAUGGUACAAUAGUCAGUGUUUGUGAGUGGGAAGUACCAAUUAAGGUGUCUUAAACCUGGUACAUAAAGGAGACAGGGAAGCCUGAUUAGUGUAGCUCUUGCAUGAAGGUUAGGGUUACCAGCAUUCAGUACACUGCCUUCGGUUUCAGUAGUUCUUUGACAGUGAACACUGUCAUGUCUGGAAUAUGCAUUUACUGCUGUGUACCAGUCUUGUGGACCUCCAGACCUGCUACAGCAGAAAACAUUUUGCUAACAAAGACAGGAAUGAAGAUGGCCCACCCCUUAAAAUCCACCACACUAUAUCAGGGAUUAUCAGAUAAAUUAUGCAUGUCUGUGAGUUUUCCUACAAACACCUAUUUUCUGAUUGGAUUGGUUUUGCCUCUGAUGUUAUAAUAAAUGUAUCCUGCUUUUUGGUUUAGAAGGAAUUUUGAGUUAUUCAAACACUUUCUAGAGAUGGGCCACUGAUAAGAGUUCUGGAGUGUAGCCAGCAGACCUCAUCCUAGGCAGCUGUAGCAGCCAUUCCCAUCCCCUGAAAGCAGGCUCCUGCAGUGUGUAGGUAGGUUGCAUAUCCUGAUGUCCGUCAUUUUUAACAGGUGACUUGUGUUUCAGCUCAGUUUGAAUUGGUGAUGGGUGUUGCUUGAUAGAGCUUCAUACUCUGUUUUGGGCAGGUAGAAUGUAGAGAGGGUCCAUAUUCUUUGAUAUGAAAUGAAUGAAUUCGGAAGAUUGUAAUUUACUUUCACUUACUAUUUUAAAACAUGUUUAAUGAAAUAAACUGUAAAAUACAAGUUUUGUGUAUUAUAUGUAUAUUUGAUUUUUAAUAACCUUUCCAAAGAAAUGAGGACAUGAUUAUUGUACAGUACUGUGACUGAUUUGAUAUGGAGAGCAGAGCGUGUUCUUAAGGAUAAAAAUACUUGACAACACUUGUUCUUGUGUUUUGAAUCUUUUAUUUCUGAAAUACUCCAAGUGCUGAGUAGGUAAUAGUGAUUUAACUUGUUUGCUAAAUGAAUAUUUGUUUAAACCUGUACAGUUUCAAAUGUUUACUUAUAUAGUGUACAUACUUUCAAAUAAUUAAUUUAAAAUGCUUUAUAUUAUUGACUAGAAAUUGCUGUUUUUAAUGUGAAUUUUUUUUUAAAUAAAGAUUUUUGCUUCCUA